AUGGCAGGGGAUGGAGGGCUUCAGAAAGGCGCCAUGUUUAUGGCAGGGCUGACUCUGUUGCAGUCUCUCCGUGUGGCGUUAACUGGAGCAAAGUUUGCACUUGACAGAUUUAAAAUUCCUCAACAACAUGCCAGUUCGUUCAUUAACAUGGUCCAUAAUCCUAUGGAACUGGCAACGUUUACUGGGAUGGGUAUUAUGACCAGUCUGUCAUUUAUACCCGAUCUUAAGGACUCUUUCAAAUGGUUCGCCAUAUUUACUAACAUAGCACUGUGUUGUUCCUUCAUUCUACUCCUCAUCGCAUUUACGUCUGGAGGCUCGUUAGGUGAUUUAACGUUCUAUUACUGGACUAUCGUCCUAGUCUCAUUUAUUUACGGACUGAAUGUGGCAGCUGUAAUGAAUGUUGGAAGUGCAAAUGCCGCCUUUUUCAAUGUAGGAAUUCCUCUCUCUGGUAUCCAAGUUUGCAUUUACUACUUUAUCUUUACGAAGCUUGCUGAGUGGUGUAACUGGUCAAACGUUAGCUACUGGAUCAUAUUUUGGCAGCUUAUCAUAGCAAUAAUUAUAUCAGCAGUCUCAGCUGCUAUCUGGAUUUAUGCCUAUAGACCAGAUGUUGCUAAUGGUUCUCCUUCUGCUGUCCCUCAAGAUUUAGGCGAAUAUACUGCUUUGUCUCCGAUUCUCAUGGGAAUGGUAGGUAUGGGUGCUAUAUAUGCCUUCUACCCGGCCAUUGCUCCUUACAAAUUGACUGACGUUGGUACUGGCUACCAUAUUGAUCUUGUUGUUUUAUUCAUGAGCGCUGUUCCUGGUAUUUUAAUUGCAGCUUUAUGCCUACGUGGAAAAGGUCCAGACAAAAAUUGGAGGACUAAUAAUGCUCCAUGGUGGCAUGCUGCUUGGUUCUUGGCAUUUCCACAUCUUACUGCUAUGGUCUUAUGCUUGGUUACACUUCAUUACCCUAGUAGUGGAAUGGCGAAUUCUAUAAAGAGCAGUGGUUUAAAGGUUGGAGCUAUUACCAUUACGCUAAAGUUCUGUGAGGAAGGACUAAAAGCGGUUUCAUAUGCUGGAGCCGGUAAGCAAGUAGGUAAAUACUGCGACUGCAAAACAGCCGGAGGAGGUACUUGCCAAUGCAAAAGCGGAAGUCCUUGCAACUGCCAAGAGACAUGCAUAUGCGGACCCACCUGCACCUGUAAAUGUUGUAAAGAUAAGGAUGGAGGUGCUAUCUCCUCUUUUAAUGCGUUCACAUCCCAAGGUUUAAUGAUCAUCUUGGCUUUUACUGGAGACGGUUACCUAAAGACUUACUCCAAGUAUGAGAAUGAUCGGAGUAAAUGGCCUACUAAGAAUUUUGGCUUCUGGAGGUCCAUCUCUUACUGGGCAGGGAAUGGAGCAUAUGUAGCAUGCAAGAGUGUUAAGUCCUCCUUUACCACUAAUGUCAGAUGCAAAGUUUUGGGUAAAUCAGAGGCUCUCCUAAUUGUCUAUGAAGAUCAGGAAUUUUAA